AGGCAGCCGGCUCCUGAUUUCCCGGCAGCCAAGGAGCAGCAAGUAGUUUCCUGCCCCAGAGGGUCAUUCUGAUCACUGUCCCAGUCCAGUCCUGCUCCUGCUGCCCAGCCUCAGUUACGCUGGUGCCUGGGGCUGUCCAGUUCCUUGUGUUCUCUGGCUGUUCCAUCCUCUGCCUCACCCAGUCCCGCUUCCUCCCUGGGCACCAAGAUGCCUGUCUCGGUGGACAAGGUCAUGAAGCUGCUAUGCUCCAUUUCUGAGAACAAGAAAAUGAGAGUGUCCUUCACUCACUCACUCAGGGGUGGCCUCAUCACCAUUGUUUGCGCUGGGAUUGGUACCCUCUUUGCUGGCCCACCGGGACUAGCUGUUGGGGGCGCCGUCGGGGGGCUCUUGGGGACCUGGAUGUCGAGUGGGCAGUUCCAGCCUGUCCCCCAGAUCCUGAUGGAGCUGCCGCCCACUGAGCAGCAGAAGCUGUACAAUGAGUUCAUGGCCAUUGUCAGGGACCUGGACUGGACGGACGUGGUACAGCUGAUCGCACUGGUCACGGGCAGCGAGCCGCUGAAGGAGCGGCUGCUGGCCAUGCUGGUCGACUACCUCACCAGGGAGCUGGGGGCCAAGGUGUGGUUCGGCGAUUAGUCCCUCAGGGGCAGCAGCCAGAGGGAGGACACCCUAGAAGCCCCACGGGGACAAAACUUUCCUAAAUGGCAAAGUAAAGGGGCACGAGCCACAGUACUGAAGGGAGUGGAGAAGGAUGGAGGUGCGGGAGGGAGGCAGGAGGGAGGACUCAAUAAAAACAUCCCCCAAAUGUUUGGGCAAAUUGAAGGUCGCUGCUGAAACUCCUGGGUGUCCCUGGAAAGCCCCGAAGACUUCUGCAGACUCGAGAUGGCUCCAGGCCAGCCCCUGUGUGUGUGUUGGGGGCUCCAUGUGCCCCUCUAAACUACAGCGGAUGCCCCCUCACCUGCGGGUCCACACCCAGAGAUGGAAAGAGCCCUUUCCAGGGCUCAGCGAGGAGGCCUAACAGGCCCUGAGCCGAACAGGUGCAGGCGGCUCCUCCUGCCCUCAGUCCCCAAACAGGGGGAAGGAGUGGGGUUUGGUUCCUGCAGCCCUCACAUUGGAUUUGGAUGGUCAGAGACACACAGCAGGGAUCUGGGUGUCUGCUGGGUCCCGUGGCCCACAGUCCUCCAGCCCCUGGCAGCCUCCAGGCCUCCAACAUGAGCUUCGUCCUGGAAGCUACGAGGAAGCCUGCCCUUGACCUUCACACAGCAA